AUGCGACUGCUCCCGCUCGUACUAGCACUGAGCAGCACCACCGCCGUUGGACCUGCCUUUUUCACUCUCCAUGGCACCCACGGCGCGUCGUGCAGCGACGAGUGGUCGGCCCUCGAGACCACGCAGCCGUGCCUUAUCCACGCCGUCGACGCGGCCGUGCCCGACUUGACCGGCUACGAGACCGUGUCCGGCUACUGCGCCGGCGCCUCGCUCUACAUUCACAACGCGACGUGCACGCUCUUGGAUCGUGGUGCGCCGCCGCUGCCACACGACGCGACGAUGCCAACCUACCGCAUCGAACACGUCCCCACACGCCAGAGCUACUGCAUCGUGGGCCACGAAGCGUCGCGCGACGAUGCGCCCGCCGUCCUCGCGGCAAGCAUUGACGUUGUCUGCGACGCUGCCUACGACGUUCUGGGUGUCGUUGUUGACGCUGGCACAUCGGUCGCGAGCGUCCGCGCGGCCGUGACCACACGUACGAAAUGGGUGCCGCUACAAGGCUCCGCGAUCGAAGAAGACAAUUGCAAACAACAUUUGCAUGCGACGUGCGGCGGGCAACCAUAUCAAAUGGUGUUUUUUCAAGCCGCGUCCGCCGCGGCAUCAGCACUGACGACCCGGCGCUGCGGGGGCGUUGUCGCGUCGUCGAUCGUCCGAGAUGGUGGCCGGCGUGCACUUGAAGCCGACACCAACAGUACUGCCGUCGUGACGCCGGUGGUCACGUCCGAAGAUGUGCUCUUGGCGCUCGAAGAUACGCGAUCGUUUGGUAUACUGCCCUACAUCGUGCUCCCGAUUGUCCUUGUUGGCGUUGGCCUCGUUGCUCUCUAUGUCUACCGGUUGCGGCGGGCGCCACAGCCGUCCGUUGCUAUCUAUAAGGCGCCGUCGCCGAUUACCGAGAACGUCGAUGCUCCCAGUGCAAGCACAGAGACUCCGUUCUCAUCGGCGAUCCAAGCCUGUCUGCCCAGUCCGUUCCAUGUGCCAGCAGCGCACCUCACUGUCGUGGCAGACUCGAAUUUGCACAAGAGCCCACUGUGGACGUCAGUGUCUAACGCAACGUACUGUGGCGCCAACGUCAUCCUCAAGCAAAUCACUGCGCCGACCGACGCCAAAGUGCGCGAAGUGAACCGAGUCGCGCGCAUGUGCAUGAGCCUCCACCACCCGAACAUCGUACCCUUCUACGGUGUCAGCUCGGACGCAACGUCAGUAUCAUUCAUCACGGAAAAGCCAGAGCGCGGCAGCCUCGCCAACGCCUUGGCCAAUGACGCGCUUACGCUCUCGGUGCUCGACCGACUUGGCAUCCUUCUGGACGUGGCCCGCGGCAUGCAGUACCUGCACAACAAGCCAGUACCUGUCUUGCACCGCGACCUUCGCGCCGCCAAUAUCAACCUUUCGGGCAACUUGACGGCCAAAAUCACGAAUUUCGAAUUCAGCGGGCAACUCGGCCGCGAUAAGACUCUGAUUGGGACACCGGCGUGGGCGGCGCCCGAGAUCUUGCGCGGUGAACCCAACUACUCGGAAAAGGUUGACGUCUACAGCUUUGCCAUGCUCAUGGUGGAGACAAUGAACCGUGUCGCACCGUACGCGGAGCGUACGCAGCAGCCGCCGAAAGAGCUCUUGAACGAAAUUGCGACGCGCAGCUACCGGCCGCGCAUCCUUGACCGCAAGCCGUGGCCGCGAACUGUCUUGCACCUUCUCGAAGAGUGUUCGUUCAACGACGCGAGUGCCCGCCCGGCAUUCUCCGCGAUUGUGCGCCGCUUGGAAGCGAUCGUGGCUGGUUUAACGCAGACGCCCAAGUGA